UAAUUUUCAUCAGAACCCUUGCUGCAGCAUUUUGGAUCAACUGAAGGCUUUUAACUGCAUUUCACAAGUCAUAGUGAUGAGGUCAGACACAAAAUACCCCAUAGAAGCUCUGGCUGGCUAUGGACAUAACCAAUAUAAGAAGUAAACAAAAAAUUUAAAUAAGAAUGGGGAUUUAAAAAGACAAAACAAAUGUUGUGUCCAUGCAGUGUCAUACUGCAUCAUGGUCGAAUAAUUACAACAACCUGGUGAAAUGCAGUCCUCAGGGCCCCUAGGAAUGUGUGGGCCCCCAUGCGCAGUUACUCUUGCAGACAUAGACACUUUGACUAACUUCGAAUAGGAAAUGUCAUAAUAGUUUCUCUCUCUUAUUAGGAAAUCAGCCUUUAUUUUUGACACGUGUAAAUAAUAUAGAGUAAAUCAGUAAAACCAGAUAUGAAAAGACAGAUUUUCUCCCCUGCAGGGUAAACUGUUGCUCUUCCUGCAUGUCAUCUCCAGUGUGUGAUCAGACACCCGGAGGAAGCGCCCCUGGCAGUGUAGUAAACGAGAAGCGCCUCCUCUCUCCAUCGCUUCACGCCGAACCAGAACCAUUCAUCUCUCCCCUCCUUCAGGCUUCACAUCCGGGUCAUCCGCCAGGAUCUGUCUCCUGCGUCUGUGUCUGACAGAGUGAGAAUUGAUCCGUCCGCCGCCGCGUUGUACUGCAGCUCUCCUCCCGACUGCGCGGCUCGCCAAACGGACACUGCGCUUAGCGUACACCGGCGACGAUGGAGCCCCGAGCGCCGUGAAGCCGCGCACACAAAGCCGGAGAUGAGACGGUGAGGAGAGGCUUCGUGUAUGGGCUAGCCCGCGGUGAUUAACUCGCCCGAACCAUGUCGAAGAGCCUCAAGAAGAAAAACCACUGGACCAACAAAGUCCACGAAGCGGUGAUCACGCGUGGGAAGGACGCGGAGCUGGGGUUCGAGCUGAGGGGGGGCGCGGAGCACGGCCAGUUCCCCUACUUCGGCGAGGUGAGGCAGGGCAAGGGACUGAUCCAGAGCGGGAAGCUGGCCCAGGACGAGCUGCUGCUGGAGGUCAACGACAUGCCGGUGGCCGGACUCACCACCCGGGACGUGCUGGCCGUGAUCAAGCACUGCAAGGACCCGGUCCGCUUCAAAUGUGUCAAGCAAGGGGGGGUAGUUGACAAGGAUUUGCGGCACUACCUCAACCUACGCUUCUCCAAGGGCUCCGUGGACCACGACCACCAACAGAUCAUCAGAGACAACCUCUACCUUCGCACCGUUCCCUGUACCACCAGGCAGCCUAAGGAGGGGGAGGUGCCAGGGGUGGACUACAAUUUUGUGAGCGUGGAGCGUUUUAUGGAAUUGGAGCAAAGUGGAGCCCUGCUAGAGAGUGGAACCUAUGAAGAUAACUUCUACGGGACACCGAAACCUCCAGCGGAGCCGUCCCCAGCAGCCCCUCCUCUGAAUGUGAGUGAGGCCCUGCUUCCCGGAGCCCGGCCGAGCGCCCAGGGCAAGAGAAAGAGGAAUCAGUCGGUCAGCAACAUGGAGCAGCGCGCCAGCCUGGAGCCGCCCGAGGAGGAGGAAGAGGAGAGCCCAGUUGUCAAUGGCAAUGGAGUGGCCAUCACACCAGAGUCCAGUGAACAUGAGGACAAGAGCACAGAUGCCUCUGGGGAGGUUGCAGCUGAAGGGUCCAGCCAGGCCCCGGCAUCAUCCGAGCCUCCGACUGAAGGGGAGGAGGCCCCAACGUCUCCCACCAAAUCCCCCUCAAAGGUCCCUGAUGUAGAUGAGGAAGAGCUGGGUCUUCUGCCUGACAACUGGGAGAUGGCCUACACAGAGAAGGGAGAAGUUUACUUUAUAGACCACAACACCAAAACUACAUCGUGGCUUGAUCCGCGACUAGCGAAGAAAGCGAAGCCACCUGAGGAGUGCAGGGAGGAUGAGCUGCCCUAUGGCUGGGAGAAGAUAGACGACCCCAUCUACGGCAGCUACUACGUCGAUCACAUCAAUCGAAGAACCCAGUUUGAAAAUCCAGUACUUGAAGCCAAGAGACGUCUGGAGCAGCAGAGACAGAUGCAGAGCCAGGGACUCUCUGCUCUGCCUUUACCCACAAUAUACAGAGAAAAGCCGCUGUUUACGAGGGACCCGACCCAGCUGAAGGGCACCUUCCUGUCCACGGCCCUGCAGAAGAGCAACAUGGGAUUUGGCUUCACAAUUAUUGGAGGCGACGAGCCCGACGAGUUCCUGCAAGUGAAGAGUGUUAUACCAGAUGGACCCGCCGCUCAGGACGGGAAAAUGGACACAGGGGAUGUCAUUGUCUACAUUAAUGACAUCUGUGUGCUCGGCACUACUCACGCCGAUGUUGUGAAGCUCUUUCAAUCCGUACCAAUUGGUCAGAGUGUUACGCUUGUGCUCUGUCGAGGAUAUCCACUACCCUUCGACCCUGAGGACCCAAAUGCCGCAGCGAGUGCCUCCCUCACACCCAUCGGGCUGGAGCACCGCCCGUUGGUGGUGAACGGACGCGGCAGCUACGACCCCUACCUGGAGUAUCUGUCGCUGAGCUCCCAGCUUCCUCCUCAGGCUCUGACACAGGCCGGAGCCUCUCACCCCGGGGACACUCAUCUGGAUGGCUCGUCGCUGCCGCCCACCACACCCGGUUCAGCAUCAGCACACACGCUGCGCGACGAUAACGUGUCUAUGGCCUCCUCGGGGGCGGCAGGUGUUGCCGGGGCAACAGGACAAGGAGGAGAGCUGCUGACAGUCACCAUGGUGAAAGGUGCAGAGGGUUUCGGGUUCACAAUUGCUGACAGUCCUACUGGUCAGCGAGUUAAACAGGUGUUGGAUCCCGGAUCCCAAGGAGCAUCAGGACUGAUUGAAGGAGACCUGAUCCUGGAGGUGAACCAGCAGCCGGUGGCUGCAGCAGGACAUGGAAGAGUGGUGGAGAUGCUCAAAGAGUGUCCAGUGGGAGCUGAGGCAACACUUCUCAUACAGAGAGCAGGAACAGGUCACAUCUCCCCAUGGAAGCCCUCCAAACAGUGGGACCCUCAGGGCAGCCCUCAGACAAACCGAUCCGUUUCGGUCCUGCCGCCUGGCACACCCUUUCCAAACCAACCACAACACCGAACAUCUGUACCCGACUCCACAGAAGGCUUUGAUCUGAACAAACCCGACCCCUAUGACCUUUAUGAGAAAUCGAGGGCCAUCUAUGAGAGCAGACGUCCUGAGUACGAGGAGGUGGAGGUGCAUCUACUGAGGGAGAAAACUGGCUUUGGGUUCCGCAUCCUGGGGGGAGACGAGGCCGUGCAGGCUGUGAGUCCGGACGCCCGUGACAAGAUUGUUAUUGGCGCUAUAAUAGAGAACACUCCCGCUGAGCGCGACGGACGGCUCCGACCCGGGGAUGAGCUCAUUUCAGUGGAUAAAAACGUGGUUGCUGGGAAACCGCACAAAUACGUCAUUGACUUGAUGCACGCGGCCGCCCGCAAUGGUCAAGUCAGCUUGACUGUGAGGAGGAGAGUGCAGAUGCCUGCUCUUUUUCUCUCUUUUCCUUCAGGAGAGCCUUGUCCAGUAAAUGGUCGCAGUCCUGGUUCGGUGUCGACACAGCACAGCUCUCCACGCAGCGAUGUAGCCUCCGCACCGGUCCCCAAUGCUGCAAACGCUCCAGUUGCCGCCACAGCCCCGGAGGGAUCUGCUCUGCAAACCAGUGAUGUGGUUAUUCACCGCAAGGAGAACGAGGGCUUUGGCUUCGUUAUCAUCAGCUCCCUGAGCAGACCGGAGAACCCCACAGUCAUCACUGUGCCUCACAAAAUUGGACGCAUCAUUGAGGGAAGCCCUGCGGACAGAUGCGGGAAGCUGAAGGUGGGGGACCGAAUCCUGGCUGUGAAUGGACAGUCUAUCAUCAGCAUGCCUCACGCGGAUAUUGUCAAGCUCAUCAAAGACGCUGGACUAACAGUCACACUGCAUAUCAUACCAGAAGAAAGUUCCCAGUCUGGACCCAACUCAGAGAAGCAGAGCCCCAUGACCCAGAAACACAGCCCACAGACCCAGCCCAGUCCUGUAGCCCAGCCAAGCCAAGGAGGCACCCAGUCAAGCCAAAUGGCUGUUCAGUCUGGCCAAACGACGGCUCAGCCGGGUCAAGCAUUGGUCCAGCCUGGUCAGACAGCAGCUCAUAAUAACCAAAUGGUCGGUGGGCCUUCUGCACCAGCAGCCUCCCAGUCUACACCAGCCGGAACCCAGCAGAGCCCGGUCACCCAACCCUCUGGCCUUCCUCCGCAGCUCUACCUCCAUGACGGCAGGUCAGAGGUAAAAGCAAGACAGGACGUCAAACCAGAUUUCCGUCACCCUCCAUUCACCGACUAUCGGCAGCCUCCCGUGGAUUAUCGUCACCCUCCGGUAACUGACUACCGCCAGCCUCCAACACUGGACUACCGACACCCGCCUGGCCUUCUGGACUUCAGGCAGCAUUCUGCAGCAGCACAGUUCCCUUUGGGAAUCCCUGCUGACUUCAGACCACAGGACUAUGAUUAUUUCACAGUGGAGCUGGAGAAAAGUGCAAAGGGUUUCGGCUUUAGUAUUCGUGGGGGAAGAGAGUACAGCAUGGACCUGUUUGUGCUGCGGCUUGCAGAGGAUGGUCCUGCAAUACGAAACGGGAGGAUGAGGGUGGGGGAUCAGAUCAUAGAGAUUAACGGAGACAGCACUCGGGACAUGACUCACGCCCGUGCUAUUGAACUCAUAAAGGCGGGAGGCAGGCGGGUCAGACUGCUGUUGAAGAGGGGCACAGGACAGGUCCCGGAAUAUGACUGUGCCAGCCCCUGGGAUUCCCUUUCUACAGCCCACUUUGCCCUGCAGGAAGUGACCCUGGAACCCCAUCUGAAUCCAUUACUUCCCUCCCAUCCAGCUUCAUCCCCAGUCUCCCCUCAUCGGCUCCAUCUAGAGGCCAAAGUGUGUAUGGCAGACAAAGCUCCACUGCUGACAGACCACAGCUCCAUUAGAAGGGCAAUAGGUGGCAGGUCCACUGAGCAGAAGUGUGUCAACAUGGGGCAGGGAACCCUUCAGGGGUCUGGAGCGGUGAACCGUGCACCUGGAGAAAAGCCGCCUCGGGCUUUGUCUCACAAAGCUGUUGUGGGAAGGUCGAUUGAGAGAAGAGAGAGGCUGAAGGAGAGCUGCUCGCCCUGUUGUGAGAGAAAGGGCCGACAAACACAUGCAGCAGGUGGCGCUUCAUCCUGGAACCCGCAUGUGACAGUGAAUCUGAACGGAACAUCCGUGGGAGGGGGAGAUGGACCUGUCAGCCUCCAGGAAAGGCUGAUGUCCAAGAAUCUGUUCCUCAGAGAAGAUGAGAAAGCCAGUGGCCACAGUGGGGUUUGCUGCCCUUCUAAAACCAUUGAAGGUCCUCCAGCAAGGAGCGCAGCUGUCUCCCCGGGGCCCUGGAACAUCCCUGGGCCUGACAAACUGCCCGGCACCCUGAGGUCCUGGACCUCCACGGUGAGCAGGUAGAAUGGAUCCUCACACUGUUUGUUCUCAUCACCAGGAAAGCAUCUUCCUUCAACCUCACUGUCCUGAUUUUCUCUCUGCCUGCGCAUUAAGUCUUUUUUUACAUGUAUUUUUAUUCAUACAAGAAGAUUAUAACACCUACUACCUUAAGGUCCAGAUAAACUAUAAAAACCUGAUGUAGGACCCUCACAUGUUAUGAUCAAAUCUCAUUUUAAAGUGUGUAGCUUCACACCUUUGCAUACUCAACUAAAGGUAUACAGGGGGGAAAGUAAGUAUUGAACCCAUCAACAUUUUUCCCAGAAGUAUAUUCUAAAGAACCCAAUGACAUGAAUUCACACCAGAAGUGUGUAACAAAUGAAGAAAUCAACACAGAGAAAUUUAUAGAUUUUGUGUAAUAAAGUAAAAAGCACAGGGAAUAGGUAUUGAACACAGGUACUGAAAUUUUGGUAAUUACAACUUGAGGGUGUCUGUUGUAUGGAGAAACUUGUUGCAAUUAAGAAAUAGAAAUAAUUGCUCAGGUGAUUUUGACCCAUUUUUCCACACAAACUUCAAAUCCCCAGUUUCUGAGAGGCCACACUCUGACCUUCAGUUUUUUCCAAGGAUUUUCAGUUGGAUUCAAGUCGGAUAACUGACCGGUCCUAUACAGGACCUGUUGUUUGUUUCUCAUAAAUAAGCCAAGAGUUUCUUACGAUGUGUGUUUGAGGUCAUCUUCUUGCCGAAAAAUCAGCCCUCAUCUUAACGUUUAUGUAAGAAUCUCCCUGUACAUUUCAGCAUUAAUCCUUCCUUCUAUUAUAUGAAGGUCUGCCAGGACCACUUGCUGAAAAACAACCCGACAUCAUAAUGUUUCCACCUCCAAACUUCUGUCUUGCCAUGACAUUUUUGGGAUGAGGUGCAAACAGUUGAAUUUUGGUCUCAUUUGACCAGGCUAUUUUCCGCCAGUAUUUUUGUGGACUUGUUCAGUUGUUGUGUAGCAAACGGUAAACAAGCCUCGAGAUGCUUUUUUGUUCGGCAGUGGAGUCUUGUGCAGUGAACGUUCACUUGAAUGGUGCUGCAUGGACAGACACCAGUCUAUAUCUCUAAACUAUUACAUCCUUACACCCCUACUAGGGCCCUGAGGCCCUGUGUGUAGGACCCGCUAAUUGUCCUCCUUAAACAAUUGAAAACUAAAGGAGAUGCAUUUUCUUUUGUGGCUCCAAAACUCUGGAACCCUCUUCCUCUGAGAUCAGCAGAUCUAGUGGUUUCCUUUAAAUGCCAGCUAAAAAUGUAUCUUUUUAAAUCUGCUUUUGUUUAAUUUUAUCUUAUACAUUUCUUUUUUGUUGAAGCACUUUGUGAUUUUUAUCUUGUAAGGUGCUAUAUAAAUAAAGUUUUACUUAAAUUUUUACUUCAUGGAGGCCAUGGGCAUUGAGUACAUUAAUGUUUUCAUGGAAAAAAUAAUGUUUCUGCUAAUUCCAGGUUAUUUUAAAGCUUUCUUUGGGUGGUCCUAUGCUCUUGGACAAUCUUUCUGAUUAUUCUUUUGACUCCUCUCUGUUAAAUCUUAAAAGGAACACCUGGUUGUGGCUGGUUUAUGGUGAAAUUAUGUUUUCACUUCUGAAAUAUUUUCUCUGAAAGGGAGCAGUUAUUUUCUAAAUACAGAUUUCAGCAGUUUUUUGGUUUUUAUGUAUUUUGUUUCAUUUUCUUCACGUGUUCAGUAUGUAUUGCCUGCGUCAUUCCACUUUUUUACACAUAAUCUAAUUAUCAACUAUAUCAACUAAUUAGUGUUAAAUUCUUGCAUUUGGGGAUUACUGGCAUCUAGUAUGGUUUUAUGUUAAUGGAACCAUUAGAAAUAUACACUGCGAAAACUUUGAUGUGUGCAAUACUUAUUUUCCCUUCUGUACAUGAGCGCAGGAGAUUUACUUUUGCUCAAUCUCUCUGUAAAGAUGGAGGAUUAAAACAUUUUUGAGUCAUUUAGAGGUAGUGAGGCUGGAGCUCUUGAUUCAUGUUACAUGCCUACAAAUAUAUACUGUAAAUGUAAAGAUGUGAAAAUUAUGUACAUUUGGUUUACUCAAAAGCAAACCUAUUGGUGUUUUUGAGGCAGUGUUGUAGUUAGAUACAUUGUACAAUUAAGGAUAAAAAAUAAAAAAAACGGAGAGAAGUAUCCUGGGAUGGUAUUUUAGGAACACUGUUUCCAUGGCCUUGUCCAUAUCGACAUAUCAAAGACUGCCACCAAACUCAGACCGCAGAGGGAGGUGGUGUUUGCAUGCAUGGAUUUAAGACAUGUCAGUCUUUCUGAAGAAGAGCUCAGUGGGAUUAUCACUUCUGGAGCUGAGUUGAAUUCAUGGAAGAUGAAUCGGAUCUUUUUAAUUCACCACUUUGAAGUGACUGAGAACAUUUGGCUUAGUAAGAACUCGUACUACUCCUCCGAGUUGUGUACUCAACCUGUUCACGGUUUGACCAUACAUUCAUUGUGCAGUUAUAAAGCUGUGUAUUCAUUUGACGCCCAACAGGUCCAGUCUCCUAUUUCUAUGCCUUUUAACUGUGCUAAGUGUACCACAUCACUGUGGGAGAGGGGAGGAGAUCGAUGGUUAUGAGGUGAGGCGGAGUGCCUUACUCAAACUAAUGCAGAGCUGCAAUUUGUAUUUUGGGAACUCGGUGACCACUGCUGAGAUGUGGAGCCUGUUUUUGCUUCAGACGAUAACCCCAAGCAGUAUCUAUCUGGAUGCACUCUAAAGAUCAGCCGUGUCAAUAUCGCAAUUGUCUCCCUGGGUGUUUUAGACAGGGAGAAAAAUGUAGCCUGUAGCAUCACAUCCUCUCCUCGAAGUAAUGCGGAGCCGUUUAUCAAGACAAGCUUAACAUCAGAGUGGAUCGUGGUUUCUCUGCUUCACUUUUGUUUGUUCUGUAAGGAGACGUGAGGUUUGCAUUAUUGUUGCAGGCCCAUUGAAAUGAUCCCACGAACACAAGCGUAUGUUUAAUAACCAAAUGUUGGGUUUGGAAGAGGUUAAGGCAUGCUGCUGUUAAACUGAGACACUCAUAGAGAUGCCAGUUUUCUCCUGCAGUUUUCCAUUCGGAUGCAAUUUCUUUCUCUCUGCAAGAUUUUCAGAAAUGAACCAUUGGAGAUUCUGAGUACCGGAGGACAACUUGAACACAGCAUGACGGCAUGCCCACACCAUACUUGCAAACUGCUGGAAAUGUGCUCUUCGCAAAGCUUACCUGCAUUUUAGGGUCACUGGUAACAUCUUGUGCACUAAGGAUCGCCGGGACUGAUGUUAAUCCCCAGUAAAGCCUGGUCUGGAUGGGUCCACGCUGACAGAACUGGGGGGUCUCUUUUGUGGGUGUUAGAGAGGAGCAUGACAAACAUGUCAUUAGGCAGUAGAAAUGUGUUUUCUGUAUGUAUUUAGAAAAGCUCAGAGAACAUGUCAUCUAGCCCUCUGUAUCCAUCCAGGCCGCCCCCCUCCGCCUGCUGUGACUGGGUCGGUACACCACACAAAACAAAAGUAAAAGAAAAACUGUUUAUUGAACCUGUGAGGGAUGGCACGUUCAUACCCCACCCCAUUGAAAUUCAGUAUAAUUGUGUAGUGUUAAUCGUGUAAUAUUCACCUUGUACAGCUGUAUUCCUACAAAUAUGGUUUACUGUAUCAUUGAUACUGUAGUUUCAAAGACGUGAACAACUAUUUUUAUGAAAUGCGACAGUACUGAUAUAUUACAUUUUGCUAAAAAACAAAAAACUUGUUUACUGAAAGAUAUACUGAAAUACUGUCAAAUAAACUCUUGACAUGGUGUAAAA